GGAAGCGGACAGGAGGUUUUCGACUUCCCGACGAGUCAUCCAAAGGCGGAUCCUUUCUUUCCUGGAAAAUUUAGGAUCUAGGAAGUGUCCAAGUCCCAUAUCAUCCCCUCCGGGCCGGAGACACGCCGGGUUGGAGCCUCAGAUGGCUGCUGUCUGAGGGUCCCCCUCGCCGCCGGCCUGCUGAGACCUUGGCCCGAGAGGUGCCGAUUGGGGACCCAGAAACACAGAAGCUCUUCCAGCACCGGGCCCAAUGGUGACAGAGGAGGAGCUGGAGGCCAUUGGGCAGACCCUGGUGGAUGCCCGGCAGCCCCUGCAGGCUCGCUUCCGAGCCCUCUUCACCCUGAGGGGCCUGGGAGGCCCAGGAGCUGUUACCUGGAUCAGUCGGGCCUUUGGAGAUGAGUCUGCGCUGCUCAAGCAUGAGCUGGCGUAUUGCCUGGGGCAGAUGCAGGACCCACGUGCAAUCCCCGUGCUGGUGGAGGUACUGAAGGACACCAGCCAGGAGCCCAUGGUGCGGCAUGAAGCUGGAGAGGCCUUGGGAGCCAUUGGGAACCUGGAAGUGUUGGAGCUGUUGGAACAAUAUGCCAAAGAUCCUGUCAUUGAGGUUGCCGAGACGUGCCAGCUGGCCGUGCGGCGGCUGGAGUGGCUGCAGCAGAAUCAGGAGGUUCCUGGUGUCAACCCCUACCUGUCGGUGGACCCAGCACCCCCGGCUGAGGAAAAGGACAUAGGGCGGCUGCGCGCAGCCCUACUGGACGAAUCCCAGCCCCUUUUUGACCGCUACCGGGCCAUGUUUGCCCUGCGCAAUGCUGGGAGUGAAGAGGCUGUGCUGGCCCUGGCAGAGGGUUUGUGCUGCGGGAGCGCGCUGUUCCGCCACGAGAUUGGCUAUGUUCUAGGCCAACUGCAGCACGAGGCCUGUGUGCCUCACCUGACAGCAGCCCUGGCCAGCCAGACCGAAAACCCCAUGGUGCGGCACGAGUGUGCCGAGGCACUGGGAUCCAUUGCCAAGCCAACUUGUCUGGAGACACUGCAGGCCUACUCCUGUGACACGGAGCGGGUGGUGCGGGAGAGCUGCGAGGUGGCUCUAGACAUGUUUAAGUAUGAGAACAGCCCUGAAUUCCAGUAUGCUGAUGGGCUCAGCAAGCUGCAGGCCUCUGGAGCCUCAGGGGCCAGUGACUCCUAGAUCUUGGCCCCUGUGGCCACCUUUGGGACCAUUCCGGGGCUCCUCGGCUCUGGUUCCUACCUGCUUUCUUCUCGUCUCUCCUCAUCCUCUUGGAGUAGCCAGGAAUCCGUCUGUCCCCCAUUGGGGGCUCUGCGAAAGGUCCUUAGGACGUUUUGGCUGCUGGGCCUGGAGGGAUCUGAGUCACACUCAACGCCCUGCUGCUCUUUUAGGGCUGGUGAGGUACUUUCUCCUGUAGACUGGGGCUCUGACAGCAGCAUUUCCCCCAGGGAACCAUAGAUGGCUGGGGUCCUUGGGUUCAGUGGAGGAUUGGGGGCAAAGCGGGGGUGGGAUUGCCUCAGACUGGGGCAAGAGUGUCCCAAAGCGGGCGAUGUGACCAGAAAUUCAUGUGUGUAUGGGUUGCAUGAAUUUUUUCAUCGGUAACGGUCUAGUAGAACCUAAGUAUUCAGAAAUGAUUUUUUUAGCAGUUGCAUCAACUUUACUAGUACUGAUGUGUGAAUAUUGGUAUUGAACAGACUGCACUCAAAAUGAUGUUAUUAAGAAUACCCAGCCAACCAACUUAAGCCCAGUAGUAUGGCAGUGGUCAGUUUAUAUAGUGGUAGAAUUGGACAGUGGGCUAGUGGGAGCUGCUUCUGGCCUAGUGGUUCCGCUGUCGGCUAAUUAGGGGAAAAACAAUUUUACUAAAGAUCUCAAGAUGGGGCUGCAGCCCGUGGGCCCCACGUUGGACGGACCGGUACCAGAAAAAUCCGGCAGGCUAGUUUUUCCAACCUUGAGGAGCUGGUGUGGGGCUUUCACUAGGCGAGGAAGAGAGGAGAGCGGGGGGCUCAGCCUGCUGCCGUACCUUGGAGUGGAGGGUUUCCCUAAAUGGAAUAUUAAAUUAUUUCUUUAAAGCAAAAAA